UAAUCAUUGUAAUUUAAUCCGUCAUACGCAGUUGGUGUAAUGCGCAUGCAUAUCGAUAUCUUCAAAAGGAGUCGUUUAAUCUGUAACCUAAAUUCUUAGGAGAUAUAUGAAAUAUUAACAUGUGUGCAUGAGGGAGUGUUCACAAACAUAUUAUUUGUAAACGAACUUUCAGCUAAUAUUCCAGAACAUGUCGGAUUUAUCUGAAAUAUACAUCAUGUUGUUAUUACAUUUGGUAACACAAUCAAAGCUAAUAUUCUUCUAGUGUGUGAUAUGAGUGAUAUGAAUUAUAUAUAAGAAAUGAUGUGGAUUACAAUAAACUCGUCUUCAGUAAUACACCUAAAAAUAAUAAUUACAAUAUGAGUUUUCCCGCGUACUCGACCAGCGAAUCCGAGUUCAAGUGGUCAACGACAUCGUAUAGACUUGACGAACUUGGUAGACGAUUUAAAUUUCCUCGAGUUGUUCGUUUAGCUGAAGGAUAUUGUUCCGACAUUGAAGCAGAAGGCUUCUCAAAAGAUGACAUCAUUGGAAUCGAUAAUGUCUUAACUAUUGAGAAGGUUGCAGCCCACUUUGCCAACAGAAAAGGCGGGGCCACGUCAAUUGGUGAUGACGAACGAAGUUACGAACGGCUAAGCGAAGACAUAUUGGUACCUUUAAAUUACAAAGGGAAAGUCAAAAUCAGAAACCAAGGAAUAAAAUAUUCAACUGUUCGAGAACUAGUGGAGGACUUUCCGCGUUUUGCAAAAGUAUGUAAAAAUCAACCGGCUAUAGGAGCGGACGAUAGACCGUUACAAAUACUGGCCGGAACAACGAUAGAAUUGGUGCAAGUGGUUGCUGGGAGAGACAACCAACCGGGUGAACUCGUAGUGCAGUUCCAGAUCCUAGACAAGCCGGUGUACGCAAAGGUGUCUGUCCUCGAGACAGGACUGUUUCGAGCAGAAUCCGACGAUGCGGAAUAUACAAUCAAAGAAGUAGUUGACAGGUUUAAAUUACCGCAAGUCGUAAAGUUCAUCGACGAUGAGAUUCGAAAGGUUUACACCAAGGACAUUCUUGAAGGCAUCGGAAACAUGCGAACAAUCACAGAAACCCUCCAACUGAAUCGAGUUGUUUCUCAAAAUGUCCUCGUGGGCCACUACAAACCCGUCGAAGGAUAUGGUCCAACGGAUACUAAAAAGGUUAAAAAGCGAACCCUUGUGGUUCUUCCUAUGGAUCAUCCGGAAAUACGAGAAAUCGAAGUCAAUGUUUUGGAAGACGGUGGAGAUAUAUCCGACAUUUACGAGAGAGUAUUCAACGUAUGCAACAUCUCGAACUCAUUGGACGUUGUUGAUACAAUUUACGUAGAAUUCAGUAAGGAUACUCCGACUCCGAAGAUUUUCCAGUUGGACGAUGCUGCCCAUGCCAAUGCAACUGGCAGGAGACAACUGGACCAACCCGCCGGGCCUCUACCUGUGCCUAAACCACCAAAACCGUUACCACCCUCACCCGGUGUUGAUGGCGGUUCUUUAUCACCCUCUAAUAGCACGCAAGCACCACUAGCUCGAGGUAAGCAGCCUUCACCACAAGCCAACAAACCUGCAUCUCUAUCACUCAGUCCACCGUCCAAGCUUCCGGAGGAAUCUUCUUCCCAGACGGACUAUGAGAUUAUGUCUCCAUCACCAAUGUCUUCAUCGCAGAAAAGUCAACAAACAACCCCACGAGCGACCGCUUUCCCCAAUGCUCCGCAAACUUCUACACCACAAACACCGAACACGCCCACGACUCCACAGUUUAGUCGCACCAAAACACUACCACCAGAACCGCAAUCACUCGCGCAACGUCCUAAAACAAAGGCGAACACGCCUGAGGUCGACGAAAAGGCAAAUCAAGGCGAUUAUGAACAAAUGGAAAACAUCCAAACCUCAGCUCCAAGGAAGAUGCCCCCAAAUCGCGCUAUAAACCCGGCGAUCAGACCAGACCUACCCAAUGAUCCAGCGGAACAAAGUGAAUAUGAACGCCUGGAUGACGCAAUGGUGCCAGCAAUCGUGCCGCCAGACCUACCGCCGUCCUUACCUCCGCAUCGUCCCAGAAAGAAUCCUCCGGCACCAGUGCCAGAAAAGACGGAAAUGAACAUGUACGAAAAUCGAAAACCCGCAAAUGGAAGGGCAGGUGUCGGUCAAAAACCAGAUGCAGACGGCAGUCAGUCGGUACAGGCGGAUUAUGAGGACAUGGAAUCCGGCAUACCAGUUCAGCGGGCACCACCACCUCCUCAAGACAUCAAUGAUUCGAGCGACUAUCUGAAACCAACUCCACGAAUCGACGUAUUACCCAUCAAAAAAGGAAAGUCCAAAAAAUGGAGCAUCUUCCCAAGCAAAAAGAUUGAAAACCAGUAUACGCCGGAACCAAAAAAUCCUCUGAAAGUUUCACCACCCGCUAUGACAAAAGAAAGCCCAGGUUCCAAAGCUCUCCCACCAAUUGGUUCAAGGACUGCGGUAGUUAAGCCUAUGGCGCCAAGUUGCCCCACAUCAAUGACUGAUACGCCUAAAGACCAGUUAAAACUCUUUCUCGAGUUAAAUUGCAAUGAGCUUGUGGAAAGACUUCAAUUAUGUCGGAUGCAGGAUAUGGCAGACGCGUGCGAAACUGAAGGCUUGGAUGGGUCGUUCUUUGCAAAUAUGGACAAUGAAAGCUUAAUUCAGGUUUUUAAGCUUAAUACGAUGACUUUGCUAAAGUUUAAGAAAAUGAGGGAUGAAAACUGGGUUCCGAAUGAAUGAUAAUUGUUUGAAGUGAUAUAUAUCUAACACUCGUUUCUAGACUUGUGUGUCUUAACAUUAUAAAUUGAAUGAAAUAAUAAUUCUGGUGUUUCACUAGUCUCUUUUAUUAUUUGUGACUUUCGCAGUUGUUGAAAGUGUAAUUUGUUUAAAAUUAGUAUAAAUGAGUUGAAUAACUAUACAGGUAUAAUUAAUUGUCUAUUUCAAAUCAAUUUAGACAAUCAACGAAUACUUUGCAUAAAAUACAAUUACUACUAAUGGCAAAAACAGCUUGAAUUCGUCGCCUUCUAUUUAAACGAUUUAUUGUGUUUGUAUUAUAGACGACUUAGGACACACAAUAUUGAACAUAAAGCUCAAUAAAAUUUGCGGCUUGUUCUGCAAUAAAGCUUGCGACUUGUUCAAUAAUGUAGCUUAUUCCUUUAUUGGUUUCAACGAGUUUAAAUUACAAAUUCAAAAUUACAUUUUCGAUUGUGGUAUUUAUUCUGAUCACUGGUACAAAGGAUGAAUCGUACCAAUAUUGAACAAGAUGACAAAAAGGAUCCUUCCAAUCAUAGAGGAAGCACUUUUGUAAAUACAUAUUUUUUCAAUAUGUUUAUGAAACAUAAUCAAUUGAUGGUGGGAGGGUAAAAUAUGCGUAAUCCUCUUCGAUGCGGUUUAAGAGACAAACAAAAGUACAACCGAUUGUAUUUUUAUUUUACACAGCAUUAUACAAAAUGUUCUUUUGCGGAAGCGUAAGCUAUAUUGCGUUGUCAAUGAUUAUGAAAUGUCAUAUAUAUAUGAAACAGUCAAAUCUUGUAUAAACAAAACACUCAGGAUACGGCAUAUUCCGACUUCGUCCAUGUCUCUCUUAGUGUCAAACCAGGGAGAUCUAUGUCAACGCUUAUAUUUUAUAUUGUAUAUAAAUGUUCCACAUUUUACAAAGGACGAUUUGCAUUUUAUUUCAGUUCUUAUGCUGUUAUUUGUUGAUGAUAUUGUUUUAUUUACUACUGUCCCAGUAAACCGUCCAACCAAACUUAACGAUAUAUAACCUUUACUCUUCUAAAUGGGUUCUUAAAAUAAAAAUAAAAAUUAAAAGAACUCAUGCAUGUUUGAAAAACGUUAAAGCAUGUACAACUAUUCGUGUUCGAUAAAUAACGAGUGUUAUACCAUGUUCAAUAGUUUUGUGCACCUAGGUAUAAAUUUCAAUUAAACUGAAAAAUAUGUCUCAUACUGUAAAAAUAUUAAAUGACCGAGCGUUUAGAGCAUUUCAUCACAGUGCAUCUAUUUUAAGCCUUUUCAAACGAGCUGUCAAAACCAAACUAGUUUAUUCGAUAGAGUAAUAACGAGAUUUUGGACAUGUAUGACAACUGUGAUAAUAAUUAGUUAUUACAUGAAAAUUGUCAAUAACACAAAUUCAUUAUUAUACCAAGCGUUAACGAAACAGAUUAAUAUUUUAACAAAUUUAAAUUGUAAGAAAAUUAAUCUUUGGUAUCCAGCUUUGAAAUCAACUUAAGACAACUUGGCUUCAGCUAUGUGCUAAAUACACAUUUUAAUUUACUAGCAAAAAAAUUUGGAAUUCGUUACCCAAAUCUAUACAUCAAACAAACAAUUUAAUUACAUUUAAGAAAACAAUAAAAGCUUAUCUUUCUUUCACACUUUAUGAAAUAAACUGAACAUGCGUUAUGUUGUUUUAGUAAAUAACAUUAGUUUUAUGUUUGAAUACUUUUCUUGCUUAAAUGGUUAUUGUAGUUUUAUGUCUGUCAUUUGUUUUGAAUUUUAAGAUAUAUCAUCAUAAGUGUGCAUGCAUAUAUGAUUCCUUAUGUUUUGUUCUUAUUGCUCAAGAUGAAAUAUGAUGUAUUUGUUGUAAAUUGUAUAUUGUUAGAAGACCUUGUUGAAAAUAAGAAAUGUAUUAUAUAAAUUGCAUAUUAUGUAAUUUCAUCUGAUGUAUUUUUUAACAAGUCUAUCUUCUUUUAAUAAAGAUUUUAUUAUUAUUA